CGGACUCAAUCUCUCUUUUGACUCUAUAUAUGUGGGCACCUGAUAUCUAUGAGGGUUCACCCACCCCGGUGACAGCAUUCCUUUCUAUUGCGCCUAAAAUCUCUAUUUCUGCAAAUAUGUCACGUGUUUCUAUUGUUGCUUCCUAUGGGGGUACAUUACAACAAAUCUUCUUUUUCUGCAGCAUUGCUUCUAUGAUCUUAGGAGCACUGGCCGCCAUGGCCCAAACGAAAGUCAAAAGACCUCUAGCUCAUAGUUCGAUUGGACAUGUAGGUUAUAUUCGUGCUGGUUUCUCAUGUGGAACCAUAGAAGGAAUUCAAUCACUACUAAUUGGUAUAUUUAUUUAUGCAUCAAUGACGAUAGAUGCAUUCGCCAUAGUUCCAGCAUUACGGCAAACCCGUGUCAAAUAUAUAGCGGAUUUGGGCGCUCUAGCCAAAACGAAUCCUAUUUCGGCUAUGACCUUCUCCAUUACAAUGUUCUCAUACGCAGGAAUACCCCCGUUAGCCGGCUUUUGUAGCAAAUUCUAUUUGUUCUUCGCCGCUUUGGGUUGUGGGGCUUACUUCCUAGCCCCAGUGGGAGUAGUGACUAGCGUUAUAGGUCGUUGGGCGGCCGGAAGGUUGCCAUGAGUAAGGUUGGGAGACCGAAGGCAGUUUUCCGUGCACCGGACACGUAGCUUACCGAAUCAGUUGCAACACAGAUGGGAAUGCAUGCUACGAAAGACAGGGUCGAGUCUGAUACAUCAACCGUCGACUCCAUAUCCUUGUACGAGUCCACAAUCACUACACGAGAUGAACCUGGGUUUGGUGAAUGGAAGUUGGCCUUAGGUGUAAUAGGACUCCCAGUUACUGCGCGCGAUCGUAUACUGAGGUGCUCCCCGUCGGUUGUUGGAACGACGCGAGCCGGGCCGGGCU